GUUGCGAGUCGUCCAGGGGCUGCCAUGGUUAUCCACCGCUGGAAUGUGAAUUUCAGCACUAGUGACAGCACCCUUUUAAACUUCAGCACAAAUAUCAGCCUCCUAGAACCCGUGGUGCCACAGCACCCACCUGGUCUGAGUAGGACUGGCCACACGGUGGUGGCAAUAUUCCUUGGAGUCAUCUUCAUUCUUGGAGUCCUGAACAAUCUCCUCGUUCUCUUAAUUUUCGCGAAGUUUCAGUCGCUCAGGACACCCAUAAACCUGAUUCUGUUGAACAUCAGCGUGAGCGACAUGCUCGUGUGCAUAUUCGGCACACCAUUCAGCUUCGCCGCGAGCCUCCAAGGACGGUGGCUCAUAGGACACUACGGAUGCAAGUGGUACGGCUUCGCCAACGCACUUUUCGGCAUCGUGUCCCUGGUGUCCCUGUCCAUGCUCUCUUACGAGCGGUACGCCACGGUGCUGCGCUGCACCAAGGCGGACGUCUCGGACUACAGGAAGGCCUGGCUGUGCGUGGGGGGCUCCUGGCUCUACUCCCUCCUGUGGACAGUGCCCCCCUUCCUGGGCUGGAGUGGCUAUGGGCCGGAGGGGGCGGGCACGUCCUGCUCGGUGCAGUGGCAUCAGCGUUCGGCGAGCAGCGUCUCGUAUGUGGUCUGCCUGUUUGUGUUCUGCCUGCUGCUGCCACUGCUGCUCAUGGUGUUCUGCUACAGUAGGAUCCUCCUGGCUGUCCGGGGGGUGGUUAAGAUCAACCUGACGUCUGCACAGAGGCGGGAGAACCACAUCCUGCUCAUGGUGGUGUCCAUGGUAACCUGCUACCUGCUGUGCUGGAUGCCCUACGGGGUGGUGGCACUGGUGGCCACCUUCGGAAGGGUGGGCCUCAUUAACCCCGUGGCCAGCAUUGUGCCCUCCAUCCUGGCCAAGAGCAGCACUGUGUUCAAUCCCAUCAUUUACGUGCUCCUGAACAAACAGUUUUACAGGUGUUUCGUGGCCUUUGUGAAGUGCCAGACGGACCCCCAGUCCAGCCACACGUUCAACACCCAGCAAAGCAGCCGGGCGGAGGAUCAUCAGCACCCCGACAGCGUCCACCUCCAUCCUGCGAAGCCCGUGGCCCUUCCUGACACUAGGGCCCCAGCCUCCUCUCAGAUACGGCAGGAGUGUCGCACCAUGAUCCUGGUGGUGCACUACGCGCCCUGAGGUGCAGGGCGUGCCCCAGACUUAGGCUGGAGGCCCCCCUCUCUGACGGUAGGCUCUGGGGAGUGGCAGCGUGACUCUGGAACGCUGCCUUGGACAUCAGGAAGAUUCCCAGCUUCACAGCCUGGUCACGUUGCACACGCCCGUGGAUAGACCCGAUGCUCGUGUUCCAGUCCAAUGUGUGGCAUUUAUGACAUUUUUACAUCUUCAUACAGUGUAUUAGUCUUCCACUCUCCGGCCAUAAAUUGAUCCACCAUU